AUGUUGAACGCUCCAAGCACAAUAGCUGUCCUUGGGAUUUUCAUCUCCCUCCUCUGUUCACCGUCUAUAGUUGCCUCCGACAGAUUACUCGAUAGGCUUUUUCUUCCAUCAUCACUCACAGGCCCUGAGUCCCUAGCAUUUGACUCCAUUGGUGGAGGGCCUUACACUGGUGUUUCUGAUGGAAGAAUUCUAAAAUAUGAGAAUCCAAAUUCUGGUUUCGUUGAGUUUGCUCACAUUUCCCCAGACAGGAACAAGACAAUCUGUGAUGGCAUUUCUGACUUCUCUUCACUUCAAGAAACAUGUGGGAGGCCUUUGGGGUUGAGUUUCAAUCAUCAGACAGGCGAUUUGUAUAUAGCUGAUGCUUAUUUUGGGCUAAUGAAGGUUGCUUAUGAUGGAGGUGCUGCUACCCAACUUGUUGCUGAUGCCCAAGGCAAUCCGUUUGGAUUUCUUGCUGGUUUGGAUGUAGACCCUGAAACUGGAAUCGUUUAUUUUUCAGAAGCUAGCUCUGUUCUCAAGAUUAGUGAUCUCCAUAAACUGUUUAAUAGCACGGAUCGUUCUGGAAGCCUAUUCAGUUAUGAUCCAACAACCAACCAAAUCUCAUUGUUGCUCAGUGAUCUUGCUGUGGCAGCUGGGGUGGCAGUAAGUAACAACGGUUCAUUUGUACUUGUUAGUGAGUAUAUGGGGAACAGAAUUCAGAGAUUCUGGCUUACCGGACCGAAUGCAAAUACCUCAGAUGUGUUCUUGCAACUUCCGGGAAGACCAAAUAACAUCAAAAGGAAUUCCAAGAACGAGUUUUGGGUGGCAAUGAACUACCCUUUUGGGACACCUCCACCACCAAUACCUCCUGUUUUGCCUCUAGCACUCAGAGUCAAUGGUGAAGGUGUACUUUUAGAGGCUGUAUCUCUCGUUGAGGAGUUUGGUACCGAAUCCGUCACUGAAGUUCAAGAGCUUAAUGGGACACUCUAUGCUUCCUCCCUGCAUGUUUCGUAUGUUAACAUGCUCAAGCUUUAG